UCUCUGACACAGAGUAUAAAUACUUUCCUAACUAGUAAUCUAAGGACUUUGAAUCAAAAUAGAAGUAUAAUUCCUUGUUUUUAUUGGCCGUCAUUUUAAAAAGCUUUAAAUAUUGAGGUGCGAUAACCGUAAAAUCGAUUACGACACAGUGACCUUUUCUGUCAGGUCACUGAAAUCAACAUCAAUAUAAAUCAGGCACACUUGACAUCAUCACUACAUUAUACUACGUCAAUACAUCCAUCUACAGUCGUAUCAUACACACUACAUCACUACUCGUCCCCAUUCGUCAUUGCUCAUCUACACGUUGAAGUAGGUACCUACUAAAGCCACUAAGAGAUGGAGAAACAGCAGUACAAUAAGACACUGAAACUAGAAAAAACAGUUUUGAAGCUAAAGGAGGCAAGUGAAAAAAAUGAAAGAAAACUAUGUUUGCUGAAAGAUCAGUGUUUGGCCACAAUGGAAUAUCAGUGUCAUCUACUAACAUGUUUGAAUGAUCUGAGAUGUCAACAGAUUGCUGAAUUGCAAGAAAGGCUUAAUUUUUUCACCAUGAAUCUUGGCCAAAUCACACAGCAGCUGAUAUUUGUCAAUAAUAGACUGGAACAUGAUGGUGACUUUGAUAACCGGGCUUUGCCUCACCAACGCCAACACAAACACGGCAUUUUGGAUAGACUGGCGCUCGAACUACGUUGUGGAAUUUGUUCGGAGAUCAUGGUUUUCGCAACCACUUUAAAUUGCAUGCACACAUUCUGCCAAUACUGUGUUGCCCAGUGGAAAAACGAGUCGCCUGCUGCUGGCUGUCCGGUUUGUCGGGAGCCAACUACUUUCGAAAGGAGGAACUUCUUGGUCGAUAACAUGAUUGCCAUUAUGGUCAGUUUGUAUUCUGAAGAUGAAAAAAUUUCCAGAAAGGAAUUGGUAAAGCAGCAAGAAGAAUUGCACCGAAAUCUUUUGGCUGCUGGAUUACGAACACCCGAGUCCAAUAAUCCUUUUUAUCGGAUUACCGACCGUGGGCUAGUUUUGGGAGAGAUGCAGAUUGGGGAGUUAGCUACAAAUAAUGAAGCUUCCGAAUCAUUUCAGCCGUCUCCAAUGAUUACUCGUAACUUUAUUCAGAAUACAACACAAACCAGGCGACGUCACGAUAACAGACGCAGAAACCAUUACGCCAGAUUACUAGUGAACAUUGGGAGGAGGAGAAUAUCCAGGAAUAGCCAGCACCCCAUUCCGCCUUGCAGUUCUGAUAACGUUCAAACUCCUAACGUCAGUAUCGUCUCGUCCACAAGUGAGUUAUCCUCAAGGAUCGGCGAGACUGCUUUGGCCUUAACGCUUCUUUAUAUCGGAGUGAUUCUGUUUUUGUAUUAUACCUUACAUAACUUACUUUUUUUGUAGAGAGCGUAUGUAUCUAUUUAAAGUUAAAAUUGUUUUUAUAUAAGGUUCCGUAUUUUAAUGAGUUAACCAUCAAUACACAGCAAAACAAGUAAAA